AUGUGUCAAGGAAUUACUGAAUAUAAUAAUGAGUCACCCAAUACAAAAUUUUCUUUACUUGCAGCAGGAGCAGGACUUGUUGGUGGUAUUAACAGGAGACAACUUCAAACCAUUUUUUCUAUGAUGGGAGUAAUAACACAGUCAUCAAAAGGUCAUUAUUAUGAUAAACAAAAUGAAUAUUUGGAAAGCAUAAAAAAUGAAGCUGAAGUUAGUGCACAAAUUUCUUUAACAAAAGCUAUUGCAUAUAUCAAAGCAAAAGGAAAAAGAAUACUUCCUACUAGUUUUGAUUAUUCCUGGUCACAUUGUCGAAAUGCAAAUCAAGCUAGUGGAGAGCUAAUAUUUCAGGGAAAUUUAGAAGAUUAUGACCACAAACCUGUUAUUGCCUUUUCUACUGCUGAAAAACCAUGUCGGUUGAAAAAUAAAGAUGGCAAAGAGUAUGAAGUUUUUCAUGGCAAUCAUGAGCAAUCAUUACGUCAGAUGGAACAUGCAAUAUUGUUACAAAUUAUUGAAAAAAUUACACCAGUAUUGGAAGAAGCUGAAGUACUCUUGGAUAUUUGUGUAGAUGGUGACCUAAACUCAAAUAAAACUUUUAAUAAUAUUCCUUGUGUGAGUAAAGUAUAUGCAGAUUUGAAACAUGUUAGAAAGAAUAUAAGGGCAAAGAUAGCAAGUGGAAGAAAGCUUGAUGGAAAUAAAAUUACUGUAUCUGAUGCUGAACUAGAAAAAGUACAGAUUGAUGGGCUUGUUGCUCACCUUUCAGAUAACCAUAGCCUUUGUUGGGAUGAAGUAUGUUGGAGAAAAGAAAACCCUGAUAUUCAAUUAAAAGAAACACAUUUGAAAGAUCAUACAAGCAAUCAAAUAGAUCAGUUUAGAGAGUUUCUCAAAAAAGUUUUUUAUAUACCUACAAAACAAAGUUUAAUUACUCACAUUAGAACAUCAUACAAUGAAGCAUUCAAUCGUGUUAAACUUUGUUUUCAGGAUAAAAAAAUUGAUUAUUGGAAAACUUACACCACACGCCAUUCCCUUGCUGUUCUUCAAUAUAAUAAUAGUUUAUUGAAUAUGCUGGAAAUUUCCAGUAUUGCUGAAAGAAAUCAAGAACGUGGUGAAAAGAUUCAAGAACAGAAAAGGAAUCUCAAGACAUUUGAUUGGGACAAGGAUUAUGUACCUUAUGGAUGUAGUGUUCAGGAAAAAAUAAAAGCUAAAGAAUUUGAACCUACAUUUGCCAAAUAUAUAUUUGAUUUUGAAAAAAUUAUAAAAUGUCUGGCUUGUGGUGCUUUUCCCAAGUAUUCUCCUACAGGAUUGUGUCAGUAUCAUGACUUCUGUUUGAAGUUUGGAUAUCAUCAUGAAUUUCCGAAUAAUCAAUACACACCACCUUCACAAGACUUGAAAGCUAAUCCACCUACAUCAUAUGAUGUGCUUAAAAGAGUAUUCAAAUAUCAAAAGUUUCAAGAAUCACAAGAAAUGGCAAUAUCAGAAUAUGUUAAUGGAAAUCAUACUUUUGUUUCAAUAAGAACAGGUUUGACCGUUGUAAUAAGCCCAUUAGUAUCUUUAAUUGAUGAUCAAGUGAUUGAGACAAUUGCUGCUGGAAUUGGGUGUGCUAGUAUUUAUACUGGUGAAGAUAGGCCACGAGAAUACUUUGAAAAAGUCUUUUCAGAAAUUGCUGUUGGAUUGAUGAAACUCAUAUAUGUGACUGCAGAAAGUUUUGUUUAUAAUGAAUCAUUUACCAGAAUGCUGUUGAACUUUUCCAAAAAUUCACCUGUGUCUUUCGUAAUAGAUGAAGUACCUUGUAUUAUAGAAUGUGAAUACUAUAGAGAGUCAUGGAACAAACUUAAGAAAAUUACCACUCUAUUUUCCAAUAGCCCAAUUAUGAUGCUUACAGGAACUUGCAAGAAAAUUGAUGCUCAUGCAAUAUUGAAAAAUCUUUGUAUUUCUCCAACUGAUGUACAUUCUAAAAGUACUAAAGAGAAAAUAAUUAGAGAAAUUAUCAUGUUGUUGAAAGAAUUAGAAAAUGGAAAAUGCAUUAUCUACUGCCCAACAGUGCAUAUGUGUGAUUAUGUUUAUGAACAUCUCUGUGAAAAAGCUGAUCUUGAUAUGAAUAUAGCAGUGUAUUACAGUUCUCUAGGUAAUGGUGAAAAAAAUAAAAAAAUGAAAUCAUGGAAAGAUAAUAAAAUUCAGAUUAUGAUUGCAACUAAUGCUUUUGGUAUGGGAAUUAAUGACAAAAAAAUUUGCCUAGUAAUACAUUAUACAUUUCCAUUGAGUAUAGGCAAUCUUGUCCAAGAAACAGGGAGAGCAGGAAGAGAUCGAAGAGAAUCAGUGACUGAGGAAAUAGGUGAAGGUUCUGAAAUAGAUAAAAGGCUAGCCUAUCUGGCUAAAUCAAGGGAAAAAAUAUUUGAAGUUGUUUAUUUUUGCGAGGAACAAUAUACUUGUAGAGAAUAUAUGCUAGCAGAAUAUUUUUCAUGGAAUGGUGAUACUCUGAAUCCUCCAUGUGGAAAUUGUGACAACUGUUUACGAGUACAAGCUAAACCUGUAUCUAAAGUUAAUUUGAUGUCAGAUGUGCUCAAAAUGGUAGAGGUUUAUUGUCAAUUGAAAUGCGAUCAUGAAGAACUCACCUUGUUGAAUACUUAUAACGAUAAAACUUUUAAACAAGAGAGGUUGAUUAAGACUAAAGCUGAAGUACUACAUUUGCUCGAUCUGCUUAUAAUACGUAAUAUAGUAAAAGUAAUGAUAAACUUAUAUAGACCAAAUUCAAAUGGAAGCAUAUUACAGACAAACCUUCAUAUAUGUGGUGUCAAUGAAGCAUAUUUUAUAAGGGCCCAAGAAAGUGAGGCUAGCUUUUUGGAAAGAGAUCAUUUAUUGAAAUAUUUGUUGAGGAAAAUUGUUACUACAAUUAGAUAUAGGGACAACAUACUAAAGGAAUCCUUUGAUAGCAUCGCUGAUAAAUUAUAUCAAAUUUGGGUAAAAACAAAACAGUUUCAAUCAUGGGAAAUUGAAAGUAUUAGCAGUACUGACUCAAUUAUAAACAGCAAUUGUAGUGAUACCUCAGAAAAUAUGAAAAGAGAUCAAAAUGAUACUAUCAUAGCACCUUUUCAGGGAAGUAAUGAAAGUUCCCCAGGGAUGAUACUGCCAGUAGCAAUGUAUGGACUACCAUCAGGAAUUACCACACCUCAACCACCAUCUAAGAUACCAUCUCGUAUGUUUGAUUUCUUGGCACCACUUGAUCCUCUCCAAAAUAGUAACUCAUCUACAAUCUCUAAUUUUAUAACCGCAAAUUGGCAACCAGUGAAUAACCGUUGGCUUAAAAGUAACUCAAAUAACAAAGGAAAUAACACAAUAGGAUAUCAAAAUGUAACUAUUAAAGGAACCCCACAGUCAACAACAUCAGUAUCUAGCAGUCAACCGUCAAAUAAUAUAAACACCUCUCAACCAAUACUUACACCUCAACCAGCUAUAGUACCAGUAGGAGGAAACAAUGACAAUGCCUACCUUCAAGUCAUACAAGGGUUAGCAGGAUGGCUUCAAGGACAACAAAUGAGAGAACAACGAUUGGUAGAUUUACCAACAUUUAGAGGAGGAAAUCAAGACCCAGUAGAGUGGCUUGAGGCUUUCGAACGAGCUUGUAAAGCAAACCAUAUUAAUACCACUUGA